AUGACAGAUUUAUUGAUUAUGUCUGUUAAAAAUGUUGUGCAAGCAAUGUAUCAAUUUAUGAUAGAUAAUUAUGAAAAAUCCAAAAAAGACGUUAUCGAAUUUGAAAAUAACAAACAUGAAGUAUUUGAAUCGAUAUACAUAAAUUUUAGUUUAGACAGAUAUGAAAGUGUUGAUGAUGCUGAUUUAGAAAGUAUGGUUAAUAUAAUUAAAACACAAUUCAAUGAUUCAUUGGAACUAAAGAAACUUACACCGUUAGAAUUUAGAAUAGCAAAUAGAUCAAAAGAUAUUAUUGAAUUUUUAACAAGAGAUAAUAUGGGUAAUAGAAUAAUAGGCAAAUUAGUUCAUGUUAGAACGAAUAAUAAUAACAAAAUUGAACAUAACUUUGCAGUAAUGACUCAAAGAGUAAUAUAUACAUUAAAACCUAAUAUACAAGAAAUACCACAAUCGGUUUGGCAAAAGAUUACAUUUCAAUCAAAACAAUAUGAAAAGAGCUUUCCAAAAUUAGAUUUCCAAUGGAUAGAAAAAUUAUCUUCUGUUCUAAAUGUAAAUUUUGUUGAAAAUGCACAAAAAUAUGGUUUAUUAAGCAGUUAA